AUGAAAAAUUCAGAACCUAAAAUAAUAACAAUUCUUCAAUGUUCCACGUACGUUAGCAACAACAACACGCUCAAUGUUUUUCCAAUAUUAACUGAGUUUUUCCACUGGAACAAAAUGCCUUCGAAUGCCGAAAGUGGUCUUCAACCCAACGAAGAUAGGCCUCACACCUUGUAUGUUGCACCGAUAGAUAAUUCUUCUUGGCCGUCAGGAUCUCACAAUAUUUCCUACACUAUUCCAUCAGGUACUUGGUGGCCUUGGUGCGAUUACUGGAAGGAUCCUCAACAUAUUUUGUACCAAUCAGCCAAUUUUUGCUUUGUCUUAGCGUAUUGUUCCACUUGCUCGAAAAGAGGAGUACUGUUCAUGCACUGUUGGCUAAUACUUGGUCUAAUACUAUUUUCAACAUGGGCUUGGAAUGUAAUUUGCGCUCCCGACGUCUUCACUUGGAAUUUCGCAUUCAUGCUAAUGAACAUGGCUCAAGUUUUCCACAUAAUCUACCAACUUCGACCAGUGAAGUUUGAUGUGGAAUUAGAAGAAGCUUAUCACACAUUAUUCGAGCCAUUUAAAAUACCAAGGUUGCAAUUUAAGAAAAUGGUGAGCUCAGAUUUUGCUGAAAUUAUGUCGUUGCAUGCAGGUGAAGCCUAUGCUGUCCAGAAUCUAACCAGAAUUGACAGACUUGGAUUGCUUCUUUCAGGCAAGGUAAAUGUGCUUUCUGAUAAUCAGUUUCUACAUCCGAUUCUACCAUGUGAAUUUUUGGAUUCCCCCGAAUUCGAAUCCAGUCGAAAUACUGUCGAUGACAAGUUCAAGGUAUCUAUAGUCGCAGCUAGUACCUGCAGGUACUUAUUUUGGCAACGAAGUUCGCUGGAAUACCUAUUCGUAAAGGACACCUACAUAGCCACUGUUCUCACCACCCUUAUAGCUCGAGAUAUAGCCACAAAAUUGUACGCAAUGAACAAUAAGAUCGUUACUGCUAAAGGUUCUCAUUUGGACAUUAGACUUCCGAGUAUUACAUCUUCGUUAACUUCAGGAGGAGAGUACAAGUCACCUAUUCGAUCGAAGAAAGCUAAUGGCGGCGUAGGCUUGGGUUCGGAGCUCUUCUGUAACGAAAAUUCCAAAAACAAAUACAGAGAAUCAAACGUAGUUCAAAAUUGCUGCGAAAUGGAACCGUUGACUGAAUGUCCAUCAGCCGAUGAUUUGACUUCUAAUGACGUUGAGAGCUGGUUAGAAACGAGUUCUAAGUAUCACAGUUGCGAGAUAGUCGACAUGGACUGA